CGAGAACUCGAUGGUGACCCAAUCACGGUUUUUCUUCUUGGACUCGCCAUUGAUCUUGUUUACCGCUGUCACGAUGUUGGGUUUCAGCAUGGCGAGAAACUCGACUGCUUUCAGUGGCCGCUGGCAUGCCAACUGGUUACUCACAGGAGUGUUUUUAGGGCUCGCAUGCUCAAGUAAGUCGAGUGGACUCUUAACUUAUGGGUGGAUUGGGAUCUUGGCAUUCUUACAACUAUGGACCGUUUUGGGGGACUUGGAGGUGUCGGAUUUUGGGUGGUGGAAACACUUGGUUGCCAGAAUUGUUUAUUUGGUGGGUGUUCCGUUCACGAUCUAUUUGGCAGCUUUCUCGCUUCAUUUCCAUGCCCUUCCGAAUGUAGGUCCAGGAGCCGGCCCCAUGACGCCCCAGUUCAAGGCCACAUUCAAGGACUAUGACACCAUCCGAAAAGAGCCGGUGGAAGUGGUUUAUGGCAGUACGGUGACUUUAAAACAUAAUGAGGUGGGUAAGUACUUACACUCACACCCAUUUAAUUAUAAAACUGGCUCCAAAGAACAGCAGGUGACGUUAUAUCUGUAUCACACUGACUACAACAACGAGUGGGAAAUACAUCCCAAGACCAAGAGGACCGAUAUGAGACUCUUUGACCAGGUGAAUCCCAUUAAAAAUGGAGAUGUGGUGAGACUUUUCCACAAAGCUACCGGAAAGUUUCUUCAUGUCAACAACGUGAGGCCCCCCAUCACUGAGAAGGACUACGCCAACGAGGUGUCGUGUAACGGAACACGAGACUUAUUGGGAGACAUCAACUACGAGUUCAAAAUCCAUAUCUUGGACAAAAAGCCCCAUUCAAAAAACAAUUUGCCCAACAUAAAGCUCAGGGCCACCGAGUCCGUGUUCCAGCUCUUCCACCAAGGGACCAGGUGUUCUCUAGUGGCCCAUCAAGGGAAGCUUCCGGGAUGGGCAUUUGGUCAAAACGAAGUUCUUUGCAUCAACCAGCCCACUAUUCCUAACACUUUAUGGUAUGUCGAGUACAACAGCCAUCCAAUGCUAGACAAGGAUCAAAGUUCCGAGAGAGUCAACCUAGGAGGCCUCACGUUCUGGAAAAAGUUUGUGGAGUACCAAAAAGUGAUGUGGAUGUUCAACAAGGGCAUGGGAGGUUCUCAUGAGUAUGGCUCAAGACCCGAAGCAUGGCCAUUUUUGAUCAGGGGAACCAACUAUUACUCUACAGAUGCCAGGGUAAAGACAGCAGAUGAGCCUGGAAGUCAUAUAUACUAUUUUGGAAACCUUGCCAUCUAUUAUUUUGGAGUUAUGGCCAUUUUGUUCAUUGGAUUGAAACAAGUCUUCUACUUGAUUAACCAUUUGAACCCAUUCAUGCUCCCCAAUGAAACUACCAACGUCAGUAUGUUCUACCAGGCAACCAUGGAAACCAUACUUGGGUAUGUGGUUCAUUACCAACCAUACUUUAUGAUGGAGCGAGAAUUGUUCUUACACCAUUACUUACCGGCAAUUUAUUUCUGUAUUUUGACGGUGACGUACUUUGUUGAGUAUCAGAUAUCGAAACGGAAGCUCUUUGGCUACAUCUUGGUUGGGGUGAUCGGAGGGCUUUCAUUAGGAUGUUUUGUGUAUUUUUCUCCAUUGAUAUAUGGAACUGAUUGGUCUAGAGAGGCAUGUCGAGAAGCCAAGUGGAUUGGAUCCUGGGACUUUGACUGUAGGACCUACAAGAAGUAGGUGCCACAGAACGAAAUGAGUAUGUAUAUCUAAUAGUACACAAUGAGCAUAUGUAAUUUACUUUGUGUUGGAGAUGCCAGAAGCGACCUCUAAAAUCAAACCUUCAACCCACUUUAAAAGCUCAUCUUUCUGGUGUAUUUUUUGUAUUCUCUCACUUUCAACCUCCUGAAGCUCCACCGAUAGAUCCUUGAUUAACUGCAUCUGUGAAUCUUCAGAUAUCCCUACUCCUGGUAAGGAAUCAAUUAGCAUAGAGAUUUGUCGAGACUUUAGUAUUAUAUCCGUCGACAACUCGUUGAUGGUGUUAUCGAAAUUGGCACCCAGACCCUCACUCUCAUGUGAAGUCGGGUGGUCCGAGAGUCCGUUGCUGGUUUGGCCUGUUUGUGGUUGGGUUGGUUGUGGAGGUACUUGCCCGGCCACCGGCGCACUGGCAGCUAUAUUGGUGACAGAACUGGGGUCUUCAUCGAGAGGUGCCUGCUCGCUGUGCACAUUAACGUAGUUGACGGUGGCAUUGAAUUGCUCGAUGAGCUGGUCCACACAGAUCUGGAGUUGAGUGAGUCUGUCUGACAUUAGGUGGAAGAAUGUGAUGAACAAACAAUGAGGAUG